UAAAAGGCACGCAGAGUGGUUUAUGCUAACGGUGGCCGGCUGGUUCCAGAAGUAGAGGAAAAGCGUAGCGCUUGUGUCUGUAUAGCGCGUGCGUAGGGCGCACACAGGCAGUGUGUGAGCGCGCGUCAGGAGACGGAGCUGGCGGAGAUCGGGCGGUUCUUGUGAUUUCGCCGAUUUAACCCUUCAGCGGGAAAGUAAGGGGUGAAUAUCGCAGGGAUGGUCCGGGGCGCUCCUGUUCAUCACGGCCUGUGAGAGACAUGCUGCCCGGGGCCCCGGACCCCCAGGAGAGUAGGAGGCGGAAGGGAAAGCUGCCGGGCCCCGGGCUGUGGUGCUGGUGGCCAUUGCUUCUGUCCGUCCUCCUUCAGCAGCCGCAGAAAGCUCAGUCCGGACCUGGCCCUUCUGCUGACCCAGGACUGAACUUGUACUUGAGCGAGGAGGAGGUGCGGCGGCUAAUCGGACUUGAUGCAGAACUCUAUUACAUAAGGAAUGACAUCAUUAAUCACUAUGCUUUGUCCUUCAACCUGCUGGUGCCAAGCGAGACCAACAGCCUCCACUUUACCUGGCAUGCCAAGUCUAAGGUGGAGUAUAAAUUGGGAUUUCAAGUGGACAACCCAAUGGCCAUGACCAUGCCACAGGCCAACAUUUCCAUGCAGGGGGAGGUUCCCUCCUCUUUAACUGUGUUUAGGGUUGAUCUCUACUGCUCUGGAAAAAUGGACUCCGAAGUCUUGUUUCUCAUGCAGUUGAACAUCACCAUCAGCUCUAAAAACAUCACAGUUCUUAACUUCAAACGAAGGAAAAUGUGCUACAGGAAGCUGGAGGACAUCAAGGUGCCCAUGCUACAGGACAAAAACAACACCAGGAUUCAUUUCGAUCCGGUCAAUGUUGCCCCAACAACUUCUACUCGUGUGUUCUACAUCAGUGUGGGUGUCUGCUGUGCCGUGAUUUUCCUGGUAGCCAUCAUUUUGGCGGUUCUACAUCUCCACAGCAUGAAACGAGUGGAACUUGAUGACAGCAUGAGUGACAGCAGCAGUUCCCAGGGUCUCUCUCAGCCCUCCACCCAGACAACACAGUACCUGAGAGCUGACACCCCCAACAAUGCAACACCAGUCACCAGUUAUCCAACACUACGAAUCGAGAAGAAUGACCUGAAAAGUGUAACUCUUCAGGAAGCCAAGGCAAAGGUAAAGGACAUCGCCAUCUCUCGGGAGAGGGUCACCCUGAAGGACGUCCUGCAGGAAGGCACGUUUGGCCGAAUAUUCCAUGGGAUCCUAGUUGAUGAGAAAGACCCGAGCAAAGAGAGAGCAUUUUUUGUUAAGACUGUAAAAGAUCAGGCCUCAGAAGUUCAGAUCACCAUGAUGUUGACUGAAAGCUGCAAACUCAGAGGACUACACCAUAGGAACCUGCUGCCCAUCGGCCACGUGUGUAUAGAAGAUGGAGAGAAGCCCAUGGUGCUGCUGCCGUAUAUGAACUGGGGCAACCUGAAACUGUUUCUUAGACAGUGCAAGUUGGUAGAAGCAAAUAACCCACAGGCAAUUUCCCAGCAAGAUCUGGUGCACAUGGCCAUUCAGAUUGCUUGUGGGAUGAGUUACUUGGCACGACGGGAAGUUAUUCACAAGGAUCUUGCUGCUAGAAAUUGUGUGAUUGAUGAGUCUCUUCAGGUAAAGAUUACAGACAACGCUCUCUCUCGAGAUCUUUUCCCCAUGGAUUAUCAUUGCCUCGGAGACAACGAGAACCGACCUGUGCGCUGGAUGUCUCUUGAGAGUCUAGUGAACAAAGAGUUCUCCAGUGCAGGGGAUGUGUGGGCGUUUGGAGUGACCUUGUGGGAGCUUAUGACGCUGGGACAAACGCCAUACGUUGAUAUUGACCCCUUUGAAAUGGCUGCAUACUUAAAAGAUGGCUACAGAAUAGCCCAGCCAAUCAACUGCCCCGACGAGCUGUUUGCUGUCAUGGCCUGUUGUUGGGCCCUGGACCCAGAAGAAAGACCGAAGUUCCAGCAGUUAGUCCAGUGCCUGACAGAAUUUCACUCUGCCCUUGGAGCCUACGUAUGAAAGCCAAGCCUGAUGAUCUCUUGCAUCACACACACGCGAAUGCACAAACCUUCCCCCUUCUGUAAAGAGCUCUCUCAACACACAGUGCCUUAGGAAGCUAUGUUAGUCACAUUUUUUUUUCUUUUGUAAAAUAGUUUUUAUAUCAAGUAUUUUAUAGUAAUUAGAUCACAUUUUGUGGAACCGGACAGACAAACGCUACACGCAAGAUCACUGAUCGCAAUCUUAUAUCAGCAACAAAACACUAUAGAGGAAUAUGAGACUGUUUCUUCAAAGGACUUUUCUUAAAGUAACGGACACUUGUACUUUUAUAAAAAAAAAUAGUGGAGGAUUUUUUAUUUUUUUUUAAUCUCCAAACAGCAGAACAAACCCAUAUGGUACUUGUAGCAAUGAUACAUGACUGGACAUCUUUAAGAUGCAUUGUUCCUUUGUGAAAGGGCAAAACCCGUAACUUAUAACAGGUGACGAAGCCUCAUUAGUAACCCGUUAGUCUUCUGAUUUGUACAUAGAGCAAUAGCUGGGCUACAGGCAAGUCACACGGAGACUAUUGUGACGUCUCUUGCUGCCAGAAGGACUGAGAAUGGAAAAACAUCUGGAAGCGAUGGGAUUAUAGGGUACGCUCACUCCUCAGUCACUUUAUUAUUGUACUUACCAUUUUGCUUACAGGUAUGCAGGCUGUACAAUUUUGUAUGAUAUAUAUCUGGUCUCAUUGUUUUACAUGUAUUGCCACUAAGUAUUGUCUUAAGAACAUAGUCCCAUUAUCCCCUCAAAACAAAAAAGAUGAUUUCAAAUAUUACAGUCCUGCACGGAACCAAUUUAUUAAACCCAACCUGCACCCCACAUACUUACCCGCUUGGACCUCCGACCUGCAAGUACCUUAUCCGCAUUGUAAACCAGAAGUGACAUCUUUUAGAAUUUGGUGUGAUCAGAAAAAUAGGAGUAAAACUCGCUAUUGAGAGGACCCACGACCCGACCCGCAAACCUGGGGAACAGCCGACCCGCGUCUAUACCCGCUCCCGGAACAUCUACCUGCAACCCGCAGGGUACCACAACUUUUUGCGGGUACCCGACCGGCUGCAGGACUCAUAUAUAUUACUGAACAGCUGGAGCCAGUGCUGGGGGGGGGAGAAUAUAUUACAUAAAUCGUUUGCAGCCCUCCAGCUGUUGGCAAACUACAGUUCCCAGAAUCUCCCUUGACAUCCUUCAGUUAUUUUACAGCAGCUAACGGAUUCCGGCCUGGACAGCUUUCAUGGAAAUACUGAAAAUAUCUGCUGGUCUUCUUUUUUUAAUAUAUAUUCUGACCCCCACACGCUGGAGCCCCAAGGCAGAUGCUUUCUGUGCCCAACCCUAGCCCUGGGAUUGACUUCACCUGGACCAGAACAUGGGAUAUAUUAGUGUUGCCUUUAUAUCUGGUUCAUGAGUGGAUCCCUCUAUUGGGCUAUUCAGAUAACCAGUCCUGAUUGGUGACUGGUUAUGUCAGUGGCCAACAAUAAUUGUUCGUUAGGGUCCAUGUUUAUAAAAACAAAAUUAACCAGUUUUAAAGGGAGGGGGCGGGAACAUCCCAUAGCAAUCUAAUAGAAACAAAUCUUUGUUUUCCUAAAUAUGGCCCUAGAUUUUUGGUAGGGAGGGGGCGGGGGUUUUUAUUCUGUUUAGGGGGGGUUGGUGCUUAAAGCAUCUGCUUAUUCUAUGGUAGUUCCUAAGUAAUUUGGUUUGAACCCCCUGUCUCUGCUACAAGACUAAUUCCAGCCGAGUCAGAAAAGACGCUAAAUGUAUUAUUCUACAUAUUGCAGUGACCUUUUUAUUUCACGUUUAUUUAUUUUUCUUUUGUUACUGUAUAAAAGUCUCCUGUACCCUUUUUUUAA